AUGAGUCACAAUCUGGCAGGAAUGCCAUCUUAUAGGUUGCCUGGCCCAGGAUUAGGCCCGUCGGAUUUUAAGCCACCAAUGGAUACACCGACCCCGCCAGCCCCUGCACCAAGCAAUCCAAAAAAGCGAAGAAAAACAUCAAAUGCUAACAAUGCACUUACACCGCAGCCACCACCAACUGCUCAAGACUUACUACCCCCUCCAUUAACUGGUUAUGGGGAUACUAUUGUUGCAUCUAACCCUUUUGAUGACUCUCCAUCAACAGUAUCACAUAAUGGCCCCAUGAUGAGUCAAAAUGGGCCCAUGAUGAGUCAGAAUGGACCUAUGGGAAUGAUGGGCUCUAUGCACAAUAUGGGUGGUCCUCCCAUGAGACACAUGAGCCCACUGCCACAUAACAUGAGUCCAAUGAAUCAACAAAUGCCACCAAGAGGAAUUAGUCCUAUGGGAAACAUGAGCCCUAUGGGCCAUAUGGGUGGCAUGUCCCCGAUGGGAGGGCCCAAUAUGGGAAUGAGUAAUCACAGCAUGGGGCCAGGUAUGGGGCCUUCAAGGUCAAUGGGAAGUCCAAUGAGUCCUAUGAAUUCAAUGCCUAUGGGUUCACCUAUGUCAUCUGGACCUAUGGGAAGUCCAAUGAAUAUGGGUUCUAUGGCAGGUGGCCAUAUGAGUAACAGCCCCAUGGGACCUCCUAUGCAUAGUCCACUUGGGGCAGGAUCAAUGAAUGGUCCUAUGAAUGGACCGAUGGGAGGAGGUGGGCCUGGUAUGAAUGUUCCAAGAAUGAAUGGACCAAUGGGACCAAGCUGUUCAAAUGGCUCCAUGGGCCCCACCAGUUCUAUUAUGUCACCAAGUCCAAUGCAGAGCGGCGGUAUGGGUCCUGGACAUUGUGGUCCAAUGAGGCAUGGAAGCCCAAUGGGAUCAGGUAUGGGAAGCGGUCCUAUGGGAAAUAGUGGCCCAAUGACUUCAAUGGGCCCAGGCCCUCCAUACUCCAAUAGCCACAUGGGACAUGGUGGACCUAUGGGAAUGGGAAACAGCGGUUCCAUGGGAAUGGGACCAGGUAUGGGUAAUUGCGGCCCACUAGCUGGUAUGAGUGGAAUGGCAAUGGGAGGGCCUGGAGGGCAGGGUGUUGGCCCUAUGGGUCAAAAUAUGAGUAUGUUUGGCCCUAAACCAAUGCCCGUUAGUGCAGGCAAAGUUUACCCACCUGAUCAACCAAUGGUGUUUAAUCCACAAAAUCCUAAUGCACCGCCGAUAUAUCCAUGUGGUGUGUGUCACAAAGAAGUACAUGAUAAUGACCAAGCAAUAUUGUGCGAAUCGGGAUGCAACUUUUGGUUUCACAGAGGAUGUACGGGCUUAACAGAGCCUGCGUUUCAGCUUUUAACGGCGGAAGUGUAUGCGGAAUGGGUUUGUGACAAGUGCCUACACUCAAAAAAUAUUCCUCUUGUAAAAUUUAAGCCAUAG